AGGCUUCAUCACUCGUCUCAAAUACCCAUCGGUGACACGUUCACCCUUCGUCAACCAAUAUGUAAACAACCAUGGGAGCUAACAAGCGAAAAGAUCAAAAUGAUCACUAAGAUUGGUGCAGGUGCAUUUGGCGAGGUGUGGCAUGGCGUCAUGCAUGAAAGUCCGAAUAAACCACCAUUUGACGUCGCUAUCAAAGUUAAGAAGAUCAAUGCUGAAAACAAAGCAAUGAUGGAUGAAAUGUACAAAGAAGCACGCUUAAUGAGACAGUACAAGCACAAAAAUGUGGUUACUUUUUAUGGCGUUGUACAAGAAGGUAACGGGAACGUCAUGAUUGUCAUGGAGUUCAUCAACGGUGGCUCGUUAAAGGAUCAUUUGAAGAAGACCAAGGACAUUCCCGUGAAAACAAAAGUUAGCUACGCAUGUGACGUUGCCGUUGGACUCGUCUACUUGCAUUCCAAAGGUUGCAUGCAUAGGUUAGUGAUACUGUUCAGAGGUCAAUAUAUUCGUAAAUCAAUUUGCGGUAUGAAAAAGAUGUGA